CGCUCAAAAUGCUGGUGGAAAGAAGGAAGAUGUACAUGAAGUGAGGAUUCCUGAGUUUUUGCAAUGGUCAGACUAUCCAUUUAUUGCCACACAUUCCACAACUCGGAGUUGCUAUGAAGGCGGGGGCCUCGUCCAUGUGGACUUCAUGCUGUGGUCUGCUGAAUGAAGUCAUGGGCACAGGGGCAGUGAGAGGCCAGCAGCCCGGGUUCGGAGCCAGUGCUGGACCCUUCCGGUUUGCCCCCAGCGCAGGAUACUCCACAUACCCGCCCACAACCUCAGGGAGCCCCAGCCUUGUAUGUAAGGCCUGUGGCCAUGCAUUCUCUGUCUUCAGGAGGAAGUAUAUCUGCUGCGACUGUAAGAAGAGCUUCUGCACGCUGUGCUCCAUGCUUCAGGAGAACUUGCGUAUAUGUGCCACAUGUCACCUGCUGAAGGGGACAGCCUUCCAGAGACCACAGCUGAUGCGGCUGAGGGUCAGAGACCUGCGGCAGUACCUGCUGCUACGCAACGUCCCCACAGACACAUGCAGGGAGAAGGAGGACCUGGUGGAACUGGUGCUGUGUCACCAGGGGACCGAAAGGGAGGGCGACCCCGACAUGGCUAGCUUCAACUCCCGCUCCCUCUCCACCCCGCCCCCUUCCGCCACACGGUCCGCCUCCGAGUUGUCUACGCUCUCCGUCUCUCAGGGGGAAGCGCUCAGCAGGAGCGACAGCUCAGGGACUACCAACCAGGAUAUAGGAGACGCCACGUCUCUCUCCAUCCUGAACCUGGAACCCAGUGAACACACACCAGAGGUGAUCCCUCAGACGUGGCAGCGAGCGCGGGCCUCUCUCUCAGACAUCUCUUGCCUGAGGGACAUCGAGGGCCUGUCCGUCAGACAACUGAAGGAGAUCCUGGCCAGGAAUUUUGUCAACUAUUCAGGCUGCUGUGAGAAGUGGGAGCUGGUAGAGCGCGUCAGCCGCUUGUACAGAGAGACAGAGAAGAACAGGAAGUCAUUGGAAAACGUGAACACAGCUAUAACUUCAGUGGUGGCCUUGCCCCUUCCUCCCAUCUGCAUUGGAGGGAUUGGAGAUGGGGAGAAGGCCCAGCUGACCAACCUGGAUGACAGCCUGUGUAGGAUCUGCAUGGACGCUGCGAUUGACUGCGUCCUUCUGGAGUGUGGUCACAUGGUCACCUGCACCAAGUGUGGUAAGCGGAUGAGCGAGUGUCCCAUCUGCAGGCAGUACGUUGUGAGAGCUGUGCACGUCUUCAAGUCCUAAUGUCUCAACCCAUCACCACCGUCUCAGAACAUCUUCAACAAAACAUUCAUCUCCAGAGAAACGGAGAUCUGUUGUUCCGUCACAGUCCAUACAGGGAGACUGCCUCCAUGCUCUCAACCACCAGUACUUCUUGUUGUGGGUGUUCUGUUAUCAUCUCCUGAAACGCUUACAUUUUUUGCACACUUAAACGUGAAUAUUAAAAAUGCAGUGUUCUCUU